AUGUAUGCUGUAUUUGCCUCGGGUGGGAAACAGCAUCGUGUACAGGUGGAUACGCUAAUUGAUAUUGAAAAGUUAGACGCGCCUGUCGGUGAAAAAGUAACCCUAUCAGAAAUAUUGGUUAUAGGCGACGGUAACGGCAACGUGCAAGUCGGUACGCCAUACCUCGAAAAUACCGCUGUCGUCGGUGAAGUUGUACAACAAGCUAAGAACAAAAAAAUUGUCGUUUUCAAGUCGAAAAGGCGCAAAGGGUAUAAGCGAAAACUUGGACACCGGCAGCGAUUUACCCGAUUACGCAUUACUGAAAUACAAGACGGAAGUAACGCAUCUGAGGAGGGAAACGAAAAUGGCUCAUAA